AUGGAUUUGGCGGACUUUGAAUUCUCGCAAGAAGAUUUGCAAGAGAUUGAGACUUUGGAGUUCAACGCACUUCAGACAUCGUUCAGGGACAUCAGUAGCGACGAUGAGUCUGAAAAUUUACAUGUUCCGAAGAAAAGAAGACGUAUGGUUAUCAAUUCGGACAGUGAAAGCGAUUCAGUAAAAGAUUUUGUCCUACAAAAUUUACCUACUUCUUCAAACACGUACACAAAAUGGAAGAACCCUACUGGAUGCACUGCUCGAGUGAUACCCUUCACUGAGCCCACAGCCUACUAUGCCCCUAAAGAAGAACUGUGUGUCGACGAAAGUAUGAUUCCUUUUAGAGGUCGAGUCACUUUUCGACAAUAUAACAAAUCUAAAAGGCACAAAUACGGUAUAAAAUUGUUUAAAGUUUGUACAAAUCCUGGUUAUACUUUAAAAAUACAGGUAUACAGUGGAAAAAAUAUUGAUAUUGAGAAUAAUACCCCUACAAAAAUAGUAUUAUCCCUGUGCGAUGAACUCUUGAAUAAAGGCCACACCAUUGCCACUGAUAACUGGUACACCAGCUUGGAACUGGCGUACGAAUUACUAAAAAACGAUACACAUUUCCUGGGGACAGUGAGAAAGAACAGAAAGUACUUGCCUAGGAAAGUAGUAGAAACCAAUUUAAAACGAGGUGAAUUCGUAGCACAAGAAAACGAUUGUGGCAUCACAGUAUUAAAAUGGAAAGAUAAAAGAGAUGUUUUAAUGCUGUCUACAAAGCACACGGACAAAUUUACUCGAUUAAAUGUCAGAGGCAAGGCGGUGCAAAAACCAGCAAUGGUUAUUGAUUAUAACAAAUGUAAAGCUUCAGUCGACAUGAGUGAUCAGAUGACAGCUUAUUCAACUCCACUGAGAAAAACUGUCAAAUGGUAUAGAAAAUUGGCCAUAGAAUUGCUCUUGAAUACAGCUGUGGUAAAUGCGUUGAUAAUGUAUAAGGAAACCACUAAGAAAAAUAUUUCAGUAGUAGAUUAUAGAAAAAAUCUCGUUCAAUAUCUCACUAAAUCAGGACGUCCAGAAACAGGUGUGUCCCACUGCAAAGGAUUGCUCUCAAGCGCCGCGCCGGUCACUCACAUAGGCGAAAUAAACGACACGCGUGACCGGUGGCGCAAAAAAAGCACUUUAAGUUUAGAUCUCGCAUGUGGUCACCGGUGUCCCCCAUGGCGCAAUAAAGCAACAUACAUGAGGUCACCGGUGCCCCCCAUGGCGUUUAACGUGUUAACAAAGACGGACUACGUGAUCACCGAAUAA